AGCAGUCACACAAUGUGGAUCUUUUACCCAUCUUCUGUUUUUUUAAGGGUUUUUGUUCUCUGCAGUUUGCUGUCAUCUAUAGCAGGGCUGACUGUGAAAUACUCACGAGUGCCAGUGACUAAAAUGGAAGGCCAUUCUUUGACUCUCAAGUGUUCGCUGCUUUAUGAGAAAGAGAGCUGUGAUGACAUUCAGGCAACGUGGUGUUUUUCUCACUCGGCAGAAGACUGUGAACCCUUCAUGGAUCCUCACAGAUACCAAAUCAAAGUAAAUGAGACAGAACAAAACCAAGAAAGGCUGAGGGACAUUUUAAUGACAUUCAAUUCCUUAAGACUUCAAGACAGCGGCUACUACCAGUGUAAUGCAAAAUGUACCAUCAGUGGGACUCAAGGAAAAGGUCAUCUUGUGUACCUCAAUGUCACAGCUGAUCCCUACAAAGGUCUGAAUGUCUCAAAAUCGAGUGGCCAGUUCGAGGCAGACACAACAUUACUUACGCUCAGUGGCAUUUUACUUUUAUGGUGUUAUUGUAUGGACCAUCAUAUAGUAUAAUCACAAAAGAAUUGGACUGUUAUAAAUACAUUACAGACAUUACAGAUAUGUUCCAGGGUCAGUUUACAUGUAAAUGUACAUGUUUAUAUAGUGUAAAGGAUGCAAUGUUGGAUACAUGUAGAUACAUUUCUACAUUUGUUUUUAAAUUUGGUCUUAUUUGUAUUGUAUUCAAGCAGCAUACGUUGUUUAGUUUUUUUAGUCUUAUUUAUUUAUGGGUUUUAUCUACUCGUAGUAUUCUAGAGCUAUCAAUGAGAUUUCAUGGAAUGUAAACUGUCAAACGUAUGAAGCAUUGUGCAGCCUACAGUAUGUGUGCGGUUAAAGUGUGCUCCACUUUAACUGCAAUGGAACAUAGCAACACUGCAGUCCAGGCUUGUGGGUGAAACCCAAGCAUAACUUGCAAAAAAAAAAAAAAAGGAAGACGAGCCACCAAACAUGUGCAAAAAGCUUUGACUGACAAAAUAUGGUUAAUCUGUUUCAACCUAGAAACAAAAAUUUAAGUCAUUAAGUCAAUAAGAGCAGUGAAUUUUUUAACUGACAAUUAACUUAAAGGAGCACUUAAAAGUUUAUCUUUAAAGAAAUUUAUUGUAAUUUUGAAAUAUAUGUAGAAAAUCAUGACCAUGUGAAAUGAAGAGUUCUGUCAUAUCAGUAACCUCAUAUAAGCUCUUUUAUUCUAAACUGUUUCUUAAUCUAAAUUUCUUUAAAAAUAAAAUG